AUGGAUUCCUUUGUCGUGAAGAAGAAGAGGAGACGAUCCACUUCGCCCGCUGAAGACCACAAAGUGCGCCGAACAGAAGUGUUGGAUACCUCACCGGUACCCGACACCAUUGGCGAUGACUCCACAGAUAUCAAGAUCGCCAUCUUGCUCUCGCUGUUUCCUGAACUCAAUCAGGAGCAUCUUCUUGAUCUCUUGGUAUCAUGCGACGGCUCUGUAGACACGGUCUCUGAGCUCUUAGCAUCUGGUAUUUCGACACACACAAGACGUGGUAGCACGAGACGAGCGACAAAUGCUUCAAGCUUGGGCGCUCAGACAUCACUAUCAUCGCACCUUGUUCACAAAGCAAGCGACGGCUCGAUUGCGCCAUUCAAGGAUGGUCCAGCUCACAGAAAAGCAUUACGUACUAGAAAAGGACAGACUUUACACCUCUACUCACCCGAUGACGUGGCUACCUACACCCCAUGUACCAUUAUACAUAAUUUUCUCCCUCCAAAGCAAGCCAACGCCUUGCUUGCCGAGCUUCUGCAAGAGUCGAAGUAUUUCUCCCGAUAUGAGUUCCAAUUAUUUAAUCGGACAGUGAAAAGUCCACAUACUGGAAGCUUGUACGUCUCGACUCCAGAAGAAUAUCGACAACACGCUACCGAGUAUAGGCACGGCGGGACCUAUCAGUCCAACAUUCGACAAGCGACACCGGAGCUUCGCGCUGUCUCCUGUAAAGUCCAAAAUGCAGUCAACGAAGCGAUUCGAAAUCGCAUUCGCGAUUUCUACCCAAACGGUCAAAAGCUCAAGUAUCAGUCGCCAAAAGAGUGGAAGCCAAACGCAGCCUUUGUCAAUUGCUACGAUGGUCCUGCAGAAAACGUAGGCUUCCAUUCCGACGACUUGACAUACUUGGGUCCGCGUGCAACGAUCGGGAGCCUGAGCUUGGGCGUGGAAAGAGAAUUUCGCGUUCGUCGAAUCCUGCCACGAGACGAAGAAGACGAAAACGACGACAGCGCAAAGCAGGCAGUCAUUCAGGGAAAUGGCAAUCUACCAGCAAAGAAUGCCUCUCAGCGCCAAGGACCGCUCACCUCCCGUGCGGACGCACAGGGUCAAAUCUCAAUUCACCUCCCUCAUAACUCUUUGCUCGUAAUGCAUGCGGAAAUGCAGGAGGAAUGGAAACACGCGAUCACUCCUGCUCAAACCGUCUCCCCUCAUCCGAUAGCAGGAAAUCGUCGGAUCAACGUCACUUAUCGCUGGUUUCGGGAUACCUUGCACCCCAGAUCUACACCUCGAUGUGACUGCGGUGAACCCACGAUACUCCGAUGUGCUCAGCGGAAGCAAGAGACUAGGGGUCGUUAUAUGUGGAUGUGUCAGGCCGGAUCUACGCCCGGCAAAGAGAGCUGUUCAUUCUUCCAGUGGGCCGAAUUCGAUGAUGACGGUGAUCCAGUCAGGACUUAUAAACGACAGGAUGAGAAAGACCUCGUGACGCUGGCUAAUUUUACUGCUUCUCAAUGA